AUGGUAGUAGCAGCUCUUGUGGAAAUGAAGAGGCUUAAGAUGGCUCAAGAUUUCGGCUUGAUCGACGAGCCAAAUGACACUAUUCCGAUGAGCUUUUGGUGGUUGGUUCCUCAAUACAUGCUCAUCGGGCUCGCCGAUGUGUUUAUAGUAGUAGGAUUGCAAGAGUUCUUCUACGAUCAGGUCCCCGACGGUUUAAGAAGCCUCGGCAUCGCUCUCUACAUGAGCAUACUAGGGAUCGGUAGUUUUAUCAGUAGUGUUCUCAUUUUCGUGAUCGAUGAAAUGACAAGCAAGAACGGUGAUAGUUGGUUCUCGAAUAACUUAAACCGAGCGCAUCUCGACUACUUCUAUUUGCUUCUCGCCGGUCUCGGUGUUUUAGAAUUAUGCUUAUUCUUGUACUUUACGCGCAAUUACGACUAUAAGAAGAAGAUUGUUUUCUGA